CCAGAGAUUGAAAGAGAGGGGGAGGAGCCCAGUGUCAGGCGGUACCAGGCGGUGUCGGGAGGCUAGGGGCGUGGUCAAGCCCCAGUGGGCGGAGACUCAGGUGUUUUCAGCGGGGCGUCUGAGCAGGCAUGGCGGAGGCAGCGGCGGAGAAAGCCUAUUACCGGUUCGUUGUGCUUUUCUUCAAUUGCCUCUUGACCUUUGGCUCUUACUUCUGCUUUGACAUCCCCAGUGUCUUGCAAGAGCAGUUUCAAGGGAAUCUAACCUGCCCCAAUGGAACGCAGCAUAAUGGCACAGGACACAACGGAACAGCCGACUGUGUCGAAGGCCUUGGCAUGACGCCAGAAGAGUACAAUCUUUUGUACGCCAUCUAUGCCUGGACUAAUGCACUCGUGGUGAUCGUGGCUGGUUUCUUGAUUGACAAGCUGGGAAAUCGCUUUGGCGUCUUUGUCUUCUCAUUCCUCACUGUCCUGGGGUCAUCCAUAUUUGCUCUGGGCUCCCACUUCAAAGGAACUCCGUAUCUUUUGCCACUGAUGCUGACGGGCCGGUUGCUUUUUGGUUCCGGAAAUGGGUCGCUCACCAUUGUUCAGAACCGCAUUACUGCCUUCUGGUUCAAGGGAAAGGAGCUGGCUCUGGCCUUUGGGCUCACCCUUUCCUUCUCCCGGCUUGGGAGCGUCCUCAACUUCUUCUUCACCCAGCAGUUUGAAAGUCACUUUGGCAUCCAGUGGACACUCUGGGGAGGGACUGUGCUGUGUGUGUUGGGCUUCCUUUCGGCCAUCAUAGUCAGCGUGCUGGACAAAGUGGGCAUGAAGCAGCUUGGCUUGGAUGGCGUGAUCCAGCAAGAGUCCAAGAAAGUGCGCAUCCAGGAUGUCCGGCGCCUGCCGCUCCGCUACUGGCUCCUGAUUCUCACCAUCAUGUUCUUCUACAACGGGGUCUUUCCCUUUGUGGCAGAUGCCAGCAAGUUUAUCCAAGAUAAGUAUUCUGGCUACAGCCAACAGGCAGCUGCUUAUAUUGCCGGGGCAGUCUACGACAGCUCCCUUGUUCUCUCUGCGGCGGUUGGCAUAUUAAUCGACUAUGUUGGCCUGAGAGGUGUGUUUGCUGUUGGCUGUGCGGUCCUGACUUUGCCCGUCUUCGCUCUCUUGGCCUUCACGUUUGUUCCUCCCCUUGUUUCUACCAUCUGGCUGGGCAUCACCUACUCCUUUGCAGCAGCUAGCAUGUGGCCAUCUAUACCACUUGUGGUCCCCCAGGCAACCCUGGGAACAGCCAUGGGGCUUGCGACUUCUGUUCAAAUGAUUGGAAUUGGCCUCUCAAACGUGAUUGUGGGACGGAUUCUGGGAACAAAGUCCAGUGAACUAAAGAUUCCGCUGUGGCGUUGGCAACAGAUGAUGGUCUUCAUGCUGGCCAACACCAUUGCCUGCAUUGUUGCCUCGGUGAGCCUCAAUAUAGUGGACAAGAAGCAGGGUGGAACGCUGAACCGCACGACAAAGCGCUCCUCCGCAGAGCCGGAGGCGAGGCAGCCGGUGGACACAGCACCACUCCUCAACGAGGAGGUGGAGGAUGAGAGAGCCAUUAACUAACCAGCCUUCUGCGACCGAAUCCAGAGUGCCAGUGGAUCUCAAACAUACCCCGACUUUAUUUCCUCUAAGUGUUUUACAAGGGCAUUCAAACACACCAAGAAAGGGAUUCACACAUGAACACAUGUCAUGUUUAGGAUAAAAAGGAAGAUCUGGAAGCUUGCCUUGACUUCCAGUUCCUAGAAAAUGUAGCUGUUACUUUUUGAAAAGUAUGGGGUUUUUUAAGUCUUUGGGCAUGGGAGACUCAAGAGGGCAGUUUCUGCUGAGAGUGAAGUAGGCUGCACAAUAACUGUUCUCUAACACCUACAUACCUUAUCAGUAUUUUUGUAGCAUUUGGAAUAAAGUGCUUUAAUCGUGACUUCUAUAAGAAAGGGAACUGCUUCCCACAGGGGCCAGCCAGAGGCCUACAAGCAGGGCAUAAAUGACAUAACUCUAAACCCACUCUCAUUGCUCCCCAGCAACUAGUAGUUUGUGGCAUACUGCCUCUGAAGAUGAUAUUUCUAUAUGGUCAUCAUAACUAGUAGCUAUUGAUAGACUUCUUUUAAAGCAGGCCUAUCAACGUAGGGCCCCCCUCAGCUGUUUUUGGACUGCAACUCCCACAAUCCCCAGCCACCAUGACCCAUAGGCAGGGAUUAUGGGAGUUGUAGGCCAGCGUCUGCAAGAGGGCAGAAGUUGAGCAGCCCUGCUUUAAAGGCCCCUAAGCUGGCAUCAGCGUAUCUGGUGGUAGUGAAAGGUGGAUUUCUUUUUCAGAUACAGAAAGUUGCCAGCUCUCACGGCAGAGAUUAUACAGCAGAGGGAAGCAGACAGGCUAUCCUAGAACACACUAAAAGAUAGGAGCAGGUAUGACAAAUAUUGGUAUGGUCUUGUGGUAGCAAGCAUGACUUGUCUCCUUAGUUAAGCAGGAUCUGCCCUGGUUGUAUAUGAAUGGGAGACUUGAUAUGUGAGCACUGCAAGAUAUUCCCCUCAGGGGAGGUUCCAAGUUCCCUCCCUGGCAGCAUCUCUAAGAUAGGGCUGAGAGAGAUUCCUGCCUGCAACCUUGGAGAAGCCACUGCCAGUCUGUGUAGAUAAUACUGAGCUAGAUGGACCAAUGGUCUGACCCAGUACAUGGCAGCUUCCUAUGUUCCUAUGGAUAGAAGACAGACCCUUUGAAAAAUACGUGUUAGAUACCAGUUAUUCCUGUAUUUACCCCAAAGGAAGAGGACUCUAAAUUUAGGAUGAGCCCCCUCCCAUUUCUACUAUCAAAGAACUUGGGGGGAAAACUACUCUUGGAUUCAGGUAACCACAGUAAUAUACCACCUUAUAGAAAAGGUGGUAUUCUACAGUUGGAUCCAGCAAUUUAGACCAGCCCUUGGUUGAGAUACGUUCUAGCUCUAACUUGACCCCUCCCUGAAGGGGACAAGUUAGUCUCUUGGCUAGUUGAGGAAAGGCAGCUGGAAAUGGUAAGGACCUCCAGCAUAAGCUGAUUGGCCAGUUGCCGAUGACUUGAAGGGAAUAGUUGCAGCAUAGAACCAAGAGCGAUAGCCCCUUUCCUUCGAGGCGAGAGGCUGACUUGAGGAUGGGGUCACUAGCUUGCUUGCAGAGGCACUAAAGAUCUGCUCUCAUGCCAUUUGCCUGGAAAGCUCAACACUUUCCUUGAAGUGCAAAGCCCCACUUCACUCUUAAUCACUAACUCACAUUGACACUUUUAAGAGCAACACUACUCACUAACUAUAGGGCGGGCGAAAGGUAUCUACUAAUGCUGUGGAGAAGACAAAUUAGGACAGCUUUGAAGACAACUUGACCAUUGUCUUGAAGUGCAACUAUUAAUUUCAACUAAUGUGAGAACAGAACAGAUGGUGCCAGGGUGAAUCCAAUCACGUUAACUCCUCCCACAGUGACUGAUACAAAGUCACUCUUACAGGAUGUCUGUUCCCAUGACAUACUUUCACAGAUAGGAGAGGAGAAAUUAGGAGAGACUAAUUCCCUCCCUCCCCCAUCUUCCCUUCUCUCUAGGAUUCAGAUUGCAACUCUUUAGAAAAGGGACUGUUUAUACUGUAACCUUUUGGGAUAGGACUUCAGGUAGACUCCGGUCAGUGGAAUGUUUACAAGCCAGUGUAAUGGAAGUUUUAAUAUCAUAGCUUGCUUUACAAUGGCUGACACCACAAAUAAAUGGCAUUUUAUGGAACUUGCCUAUUUCUUCCUUAAGCAGCAACGGCUUCUCUUUAUUAGAAUAGAAACCUGGGCCUGAGAUACUCAAGAGAAUGCUUUCAUGAGCCCCACUGCCUACUAAGAUCAUUUGGGGAGGUCUGCCUGUGGUUGUCACCAGCUCAUUUGGUGGUGACUCAGGGCCAGGAUUUCUCUACAGCCACCCCAAGGCUUUGGCAUGUACACCUUGUGGAGCGAAGAGCAUUAACAUCCCUGACUGCUUUUUAAAAAAUUAUUUGGGUAAUGGUUUUAAAAUGUCUGUUUUGUUUUAAUUUGUGACUUAAAUUUGGGUUGUACAUAAACUGCCCUGAGACUUAUGUUUUGGGCUGUAUACAAGUAUGUUGAAUAAAUAAAUUUAUAUACUGCUCAACUGA